CGUCACCAGGGUCCCAUGAAGCUGAUCCUAAACCCAGUCGGUCCAGUUAGCGGUUUGGUUCUGGAAUCAGAGGACCAAUCCAGUGAAGAGCUGCAGCAUGCUAGUCACGUGAUCAAUGCACUGCGUGUUUCCGAUCACACAGACCCAGACCAGUCCAUGGAGGGACACACACCUGUCUCUGAAAACCCUCACGCUGAGUUUGGCCUGACCGAGAACCUGCAGCGGACGGUGGAGAACGAGAAGGCGAGCGCGGAGAAGCUGUCCAAGCAGAAGGUGGACCUGCAGGCGCUGCCGACCCGGGCCUACCUGGACCAGACCGUGGUUCCCAUCCUGUUGCAGGGCCUGUCCAUCCUGGCCAAGGAGAGGCCUCCCAACCCUAUCGAAUAUCUGGCAGCGUUCCUCCUGAAGAACAAAUCCCAGUUCGAGGAGCGGAGCUAAAUCUGUUUUAGAAUAAAGAAUAAACAUGUUAAAAAUGGAAA